AGGGGGGGGGGUUUAGAGAGAUAAGGGGCGUGCAAUACAAGUUAUUAAAUUACCUCUCCUUUUAGGGAAUUUAGAAACAGCUAGGGUAUGAAAACCUUGUCGCUAGCCUUGUUAGCUAGGUAUGGCCAUUGCUGGGCUGUCUUGACAUGAUAUAGUCUAUAAAGCUUUUAGUUUGCCCUGAUGGGUGCUGGGUACACCGUGUGCUGCUUUCCUCACCACAUGCAGCACCACAGAGGCGAGAACCACGCUAUUCUACGUAUGAGGAAGACCAAGGCAGCCAAAACGCCAGUGCCUGCAUCCAGUGACUCCAGCGACCCGGCUGAGGAGGGCGUCUUGGGGUCGCAACCAUCCCAGAGUCCGUCCCCAGAUCCCUUCCAAGGGAGGGAGCCGCGGCCCGCCCCUACAGCGUCCAGCUGCUCCAGGAGGGAGUCAGACACGGAGCUACAGGCCUUUUUAGACAUGAGGGACCAAACAGACAGCAACACAGAGGAAUGGGAGAAAAUUAACUACGACAUUCAUUCUAUUCGCUACACCAGAAGAGAGGUCUGCACUCGAUGGAAGAAAAUACUACUGCAGCUCGGUUACCAGUCCGAGGUGGAGUCCUUGCUGGGUAUGAAUUCCCCGAGAGACCGGCGGCAGAGUCUGCCGAGAGCCGAGGAGCUCCUACAACAUCUGCGGGACCACAGCGCUCUGUUUCCCCCUGGUGGCGGUCCGCAGAAUAGAUACCUCCACGUAAUGGACUGCCUGGUGUCACUGGACAGUGCUGAAGACUUCAUCAGGCUGGCCACCGAGAAAUACCCUAAGACAGAGUAAGAGAUAGAGAGAGGGAGAGAAAGAGAGAGCAAUAGAGAGAUGGGGGAGA